UUCAGCAUUGAUACGAUGAGACUCCUUAUACUUUGCAUGUUAGUCGCCACAGGCGCAGCGUUUACACUCUUUGGACCAAAUAUUCGCAUUGCUCCCGGGUACAAGCCGAACGAAAUAAUAUUGCAUUUUCGCAAUCCAUGUAACAACAAAACGAGCUACACUACUUUAAGGCCGCCACCAACGAAAUGCAAGUACCAUCCUACCACACCGAAUUGCGAACAUCACGGAACUAGUCCAACUUCAUAUUCUUCGAAAGCCACCACAUUAAAACCUACCUAUAGAACGACUCUCAGCACUUUAACAGACACAACCGAAACCGUUGAUUUAAGUACAACAACAACAGGGAGAACUACACAAGCUUCUUCAACACAUACGCCAACCAAGGGUACCACAACAACAGCUCGGCCAAGUAGCCAGCAGCCAUCCUCCGUAAAGCCGAGUGGACCUAGUACCUCAACAGCUAAGCCAAGUAGCCAAAAGCCUUCGACGGCCAAGCCAACAACCGGAAGGACCUCAACAGCUAAGCCAAGUAGCCAAAAGCCUUCGACGGCCAAGCCAACUACCGGAAGCAGCUCAACAGCUAAGCCAAGUAGCCAAAAGCCUUCGACGGCUAAACCAACUACCGGAAGCACCUCUAAGCCAAGUAGCCAAAAGCCUUCGACUUCUAAGCCAACUACCGGAAGCAGCUCAACAGCUAAGCCAAGUAGCCAAAAGCCUUCGACGGCCAAGCCAACUACCGGAAGCAGCUCAACAGCUAAGCCAAGUAGCCAAAAGCCUUCAACUACUAAGCCAACUACCGGAAGCACCUCAACAAUUAAGCCAAGUACCCAAAAGCCAUCCUCCGUAAAGCCGAGCGGACCGAGCACCACAACAGCUAAGCCAAGUAGCCAAAAGCCUUCGACGGCCAAGCCAACUACCGGAAGCAGCUCAACAGCUAAGCCAAGUAGCCAAAAGCCUUCAACUACUAAGCCAACUACCAGAAGCACCUCAACAAUUAAGACAAGUACCCAAAAGCCAUCCUCCGUAAAGCCGAGCGGACCGAGCACCACAACAGCUAAGCCAAGUAGCCAAAAGCCUUCGACGGCCAAGCCAACUACCGGAAGCAGCUCAACAGCUAAGCCAAGUAGCCAAAAGCCUUCGACGGCCAAGCCAACUACCGGAAGCAGCUCAACAGCUAAGCCAAGUAGCCAAAAGCCUUCAACUAAUAAGCCAACUACCGGAAGCACCUCAACAAUUAAGACAAGUACCCAAAAGCCAUCCUCCGUAAAGCCGAGCGGACCGAGCACCACAACAGCUAAGCCAAGUAGCCAAAAGCCUUCGACGGCCAAGCCAACUACCGGAAGCAGCUCAACAGCUAAGCCAAGUAGCCAAAAGCCUUCGACGGCCAAGCCAACUACCGGAAGCAGCUCAACAGCUAAGCCAAGUAGCCAAAAGCCUUCGACGGCCAAGCCAACUACCGGAAGGACCUCAACAGCUCAGCCAAGUACCCAACAGCCGUCAACUAUUAAGCCAACCACCGAAAACACCUCAACAACUAAGACAAGCACCCAAAAGCCAUCCUCCGUAAAGCCGAGCGGACCGAGCACCACAACAGCUAAGCCAAGUAGCCAAAAGCCUUCGACGGCCAAGCCAACUACCGGAAGCAGCUCAACAGCUAAGCCAAGUAGCCAAAAGCCUUCGACGGCCAAGCCAACUACCGGAAGCAGCUCAACAGCUAAGCCAAGUAGCCAAAAGCCUUCAACUAAUAAGCCAACUACCGGAAGCACCUCAACAAUUAAGACAAGUACCCAAAAGCCAUCCUCCGUAAAGCCGAGCGGACCGAGCACCACAACAGCUAAGCCAAGUAGCCAAAAGCCUUCGACGGCCAAGCCAACUACCGGAAGCAGCUCAACAGCUAAGCCAAGUAGCCAAAAGCCUUCGACGGCCAAGCCAACUACCGGAAGCAGCUCAACAGCUAAGCCAAGUAGCCAAAAGCCUUCGACGGCCAAGCCAACUACCGGAAGGACCUCAACAGCUCAGCCAAGUACCCAACAGCCGUCAACUAUUAAGCCAACCACCGAAAACACCUCAACAACUAAGACAAGCACCCAAAAGCCAUCCUCCGUAAAGCCGAGCGGACCGAGCACCACAACAGCUAAGCCAAGUAGCCAAAAGCCUUCGACGGCUAAGCCAACUACCGGAAGCAGCUCAACAGCUAAGCCAAGUAGCCAAAAGCCUUCGACGGCCAAGCCAACUACCGGAAGCAGCUCAACAGCUAAGCCAAGUAGCCAAAAGCCUUCGACGGCCAAGCCAACAACCGGAAGCACCUCAACAAUUAAGACAAGUACCCAAAAGCCAUCCUCCGUAAAGCCGAGCGGACCGAGCACCACAACAGCUAAGCCAAGUAGCCAAAAGCCUUCGACGGCCAAGCCAACUACCGGAAGCAGCUCAACAGCUAAGCCAAGUAGCCAAAAGCCUUCGACGGCCAAGCCAACUACCGGAAGCAGCUCAACAGCUAAGCCAAGUAGCCAAAGGCCGUCAACUACUAAGCCAACCACCGGAAGGACUUCAACAGCCAAGCCAAGCUCGCAAAAGCCUUCGACUCCUAAGCCAACUACCGAAAACACCUCAACAACUAAGACAAGCACCCAAAGGCCAUCCUCCGUAAAGCCGAGCGGACCGAGCACCUCAACAGCUAAGCCAAGUAGCCAAAAGCCUUCAACUACUAAGCCAACAACCGGAAGGUCUUCAACAGCCAAGCCAAGCUCGCAAAAGCCUUCGACUCCUAAGCCAACUACCGAAAACACCUCAACAACUAAGACAAGCACCCAAAGGCCAUCCUCCGUAAAGCCGAGUGGGCCGAGCUCCACAACAGCUAAGCCAAGUAGCCAAAAGCCGUCAACUACUAAGCCAACCACCGGAAGGACUUCAACAGCUAAGCCAAGCUCGCAAAAGCCUUCGACUCCGAAGUCAACUACCGGAAGAACCUCAACAACUGCGACAAGCACCCAAAAGCCAUCCUCCGUAAAGCCGAGUGGACCGAGCUCCACAACAGCUAAGCCAAGUACCCAAAAACCUUCAACUACUAAGCCAACCACCGGAAGGACCUCAACAACUGCGACAAGCACCCAAAAGCCAUCCUCCGUAAAGCCGAGUGGGCCGAGCUCCACAACAGCUAAGCCAAGUAGCCAAAAGCCGUCAACUACUAAGCCAACCACCGGAAGGACUUCAACAGCUAAGCCAAGCUCGCAAAAGCCUUCGACUCCGAAGUCAACUACCGGAAGAACCUCAACAACUGCGACAAGCACCCAAAAGCCAUCCUCCGUAAAGCCGAGUGGACCGAGCUCCACAACAGCUAAGCCAAGUAGCCAAAAACCUUCAACUACUAAGCCAACCACCGGAAGGACUUCAACAGCUAAGCCAAGCUCGCAAAAGCCUUCAACUCCUAAGCCAACUACCGAAAACACCUCAACAACUAAGACAAGCACUCAAAAGCCAUCCUCCGUAAAGCCGAGUGGACCGAGCUCCACAACAGCUAAGCCAAGUAGCCAAAAACCUUCAACUACUAAGCCAACCACCGGAAGGACCUCAACAACUGCGACAAGCACCCAAAAGCCAUCCUCCGUAAAGCCGAGCGGACCGAGCUCCACAACAGCUAAGCCAAGUAGCCAAAAACCUUCAACUACUAAGCCAACCACCGGAAGGACUUCAACAGCUAAGCCAAGCUCGCAAAAGCCUUCAACUCCUAAGCCAACUACCGAAAACACCUCAACAACUAAGACAAGCACUCAAAAGCCAUCCUCCGUAAAGCCGAGCGGACCGAGCUCCACAACAGCUAAGCCAAGUAGCCAAAAAACUUCAACUACUAAGCCAACCACCGGAAGGACCUCAACAACUGCGACAAGCACCCAAAAGCCAUCCUCCGUAAAGCCGAGUGGGCCGAGCUCCACAACAGCUAAGCCAAGUAGCCAAAAGCCGUCAACUACUAAGCCAACCACCGGAAGGACUUCAACAGCUAAGCCAAGCUCGCAAAAGCCUUCGACUCCGAAGUCAACUACCGGAAGAACCUCAACAACUGCGACAAGCACCCAAAAGCCAUCCUCCGUAAAGCCGAGUGGGCCGAGCUCCACAACAGCUAAGCCAAGUAGCCAAAAGCCGUCAACUACUAAGCCAACCACCGGAAGGACUUCAACAGCUAAGCCAAGCUCGCAAAAGCCUUCGACUCCGAAGUCAACUACCGGAAGAACCUCAACAACUGCGACAAGCACCCAAAAGCCAUCCUCCGUAAAGCCGAGUGGACCGAGCUCCACAACAGCUAAGCCAAGUAGCCAAAAACCUUCAACUACUAAGCCAACCACCCGAAGGACUUCAACAGCUAAGCCAAGCUCGCAAAAGCCUUCGACUUCGAAGUCAACUACCGGAAGGACCUCAACAACUGCGACAAGCACCCAAAAGCCAUCCUCCGUAAAGCCGAGCGGACCGAGCUCCACAACAGCUAAGCCAAGUAGCCAAAAACCUUCAACUACUAAGCCAACCACCGGAAGGACUUCAACAGCCAAGCCAAGCUCGCAAAAGCCUUCGACUCCUAAGUCAACUACCGGAAGGACCUCAACAACUGCGACAAGCACCCAAAGGCCAUCCUCCGUAAAGCCGAGUGGACCGAGCUCCACAACAGCUAAGCCAAGUAGCCAAAAACCUUCAACUACUAAGCCAACCACCGGAAGGACUUCAACAGCUAAGCCAAGCUCGCAAAAGCCUUCGACUCCUAAGCCAACUACCGAAAACACCUCAACAACUAAGACAAGCACCCAAAGGCCAUCCUCCGUAAAGCCGAGCGGACCGAGCACCUCAACAGCUAAGCCAAGUAGCCAAAAGCCUUCAACUACUAAGCCAACCACCGGAAGGACCUCAACAACUGCGACAAGCACCCAAAAGCCAUCCUCCGUAAAGCCGAGUGGGCCGAGCUCCACAACAGCUAAGCCAAGUAGCCAAAAGCCGUCAACUACUAAGCCAACCACCGGAAGGACUUCAACAGCUAAGCCAAGCUCGCAAAAGCCUUCGACUCCGAAGUCAACUACCGGAAGAACCUCAACAACUGCGACAAGCACCCAAAAGCCAUCCUCCGUAAAGCCGAGUGGACCGAGCUCCACAACAGCUAAGCCAAGUAGCCAAAAACCUUCAACUACUAAGCCAACCACCGGAAGGACCUCAACAACUGCGACAAGCACCCAAAAGCCAUCCUCCGUAAAGCCGAGCGGACCGAGCUCCACAACAGCUAAGCCAAGUAGCCAAAAACCUUCAACUACUAAGCCAACCACCGGAAGGACUUCAACAGCUAAGCCAAGCUCGCAAAAGCCUUCAACUCCUAAGCCAACUACCGAAAACACCUCAACAACUAAGACAAGCACUCAAAAGCCAUCCUCCGUAAAGCCGAGCGGACCGAGCUCCACAACAGCUAAGCCAAGUAGCCAAAAAACUUCAACUACUAAGCCAACCACCGGAAGGACCUCAACAACUGCGACAAGCACCCAAAAGCCAUCCUCCGUAAAGCCGAGUGGACCGAGCUCCACAACAGCUAAGCCAAGUAGCCAAAAGCCGUCAACUACUAAGCCAACCACCGGAAGGACUUCAACAGCUAAGCCAAGCUCGCAAAAGCCUUCGACUCCGAAGUCAACUACCGGAAGAACCUCAACAACUGCGACAAGCACCCAAAAGCCAUCCUCCGUAAAGCCGAGUGGGCCGAGCUCCACAACAGCUAAGCCAAGUAGCCAAAAGCCGUCAACUACUAAGCCAACCACCGGAAGGACUUCAACAGCUAAGCCAAGCUCGCAAAAGCCUUCGACUCCGAAGUCAACUACCGGAAGAACCUCAACAACUGCGACAAGCACCCAAAAGCCAUCCUCCGUAAAGCCGAGUGGACCGAGCUCCACAACAGCUAAGCCAAGUAGCCAAAAACCUUCAACUACUAAGCCAACCACCCGAAGGACUUCAACAGCUAAGCCAAGCUCGCAAAAGCCUUCGACUUCGAAGUCAACUACCGGAAGGACCUCAACAACUGCGACAAGCACCCAAAAGCCAUCCUCCGUAAAGCCGAGCGGACCGAGCUCCACAACAGCUAAGCCAAGUAGCCAAAAACCUUCAACUACUAAGCCAACCACCGGAAGGACCUCAACAACUUGGACAAGCACCCAAAAGCCAUCCUCCGUAAAGCCGAGCGGACCGAGCUCCACAACAGCUAAGCCAAGUAGCCAAAAACCUUCAACUACUAAGCCAACCACCGGAAGGACUUCAACAGCUAAACCAAGCUCGCAAAAGCCUUCGACUACGAAGUCAACUACCGGAAGGACCUCAACAACUAAGACAAGCACUCAAAAGCCAUCCUCCGUAAAGCCGAGCGGACCGAGCUCCACAACAGCUAAGCCAAGUAGCCAAAAACCUUCAACUACUAAGCCAACCACCGGAAGGACUUCAACAGCUAAGCCAAGCUCGCAAAAGCCUUCGACUCCUAAGUCAACUACCGGAAGGACCUCAACAACUGCGACAAGCACUCAAAAGCCAUCCUCCGUAAAGCCGAGCGGACCGAGCUCCACAACAGCUAAGCCAAGUAGCCAAAAACCUUCAACUACUAAGCCAACCACCGGAAGGACUUCAACAGCUAAGCCAAGCUCGCAAAAGCCUUCGACUCCGAAGUCAACUACCGGAAGGACCUCACCAACUGCGACAAGCACCCAAAAGCCAUCCUCCGUAAAGCCGAGUGGACCGAGCUCCACAACAGCUAAGCCAAGUAGCCAAAAACCUUCAACUACUAAGCCAACCACCGGAAGGACUUCAACAACUGCGACAAGCACCCAAAAGCCAUCCUCCGUAAAGCCGAGUUUACCGAGCUCCACAACAGCUAAGCCAAGUAGCCAAAAACCUUCAACUACUAAACCAACCACCGGAAGGAAUUCAACAGCUAAGCCAAGCACUCAAAGGCCUUCGACUUCUAAACCAACUACCGAAAACACCUCAACAACUAAGACAAGCACCCAAAGGCCAUCCUCCGUAAAGCCGAGUGGACCGAGCUCCACAACAGCUAAGCCAAGUAGCCAAAAACCUUCAACUACUAAGCCAACCACCGGAAGGACUUCAACAGCUAAGCCAAGCUCGCAAAAGCCUUCGACUCCGAAGUCAACUACCGGAAGGACCUCACCAACUGCGACAAGCACCCAAAAGCCAUCCUCCGUAAAGCCGAGUGGACCGAGCUCCACAACAGCUAAGCCAAGUAGCCAAAAACCUUCAACUUCUAAGCCAACCACCGGAAGGACUUCAACAGCUAAGCCAAGCUCGCAAAAGCCUUCGACUCCGAAGUCAACUACCGGAAGGACCUCAACAACUGCGACAAGCACCCAAAAGCCAUCCUCCGUAAAGCCGAGUGGACCGAGCUCCACAACAGCUAAGCCAAGUAGCCAAAAACCUUCAACUACUAAGCCAACCACCGGAAGGACCUCAACAACUAAGACAAGCACCCAAAGGCCAUCCUCCGUAAAGCCGAGCGGACCGAGUUCCACAACAGCUGAGCCAAGUAGCCAAAAACCUUCAACUACUAAGCCAACCACCGAAAGGACUUCAACAGCCAGGCCAAGCACCCAAAAACCUUCGACGGCGAAGCCAACGACCGAAAACAUCUCAACAACUAAGACAAGCACCCAAAGGCCAUCCUCCGUAAAGCCGAGCGGACCGAGCUCCACAACAGCUAAGCCAAGUACCCAAAAACCUUCAACUACUAAGCCAACCACCGGAAGGACCUCAACAACUAAGACAAGCACACAAAGGCCAUCCUCCGUAAAGCCGAGUGGACCGAGGUUCACAACAGCUAAGCCAAGUACCCAAAAACCUUCAACUACUAAGCCAACCACCGAAAGGACUUCAACAGCCAGGCCAAGCACCCAAAAACCUUCGACGGCUAAGCCAACGACCGAAAACAUCUCAACAACUAAGACAAGCACCCAAAGGCCAUCCUCCGUAAAGCCGAGCGGACCGAGCUCCACAACAGCUAAACCAAGUAGCCAAAAGCCUUCAACUACUAAGCCAACCACCGGAAGGACUUCAACAUCUAAGCCAAGCUCGCAAAAGCCUUCGACUCCUAAGUCAACUACCGGAAGGACCUCAACAACGAAGACAUGCACCCAAAAGCCAUCCUCCGUAAAGCCGAGCGGACCGAGCUCCACAACAGCUAAGCCAAGUAGCCAAAAGCCGUCAACUACUAAGCCAACCACCGAAAACACCUCAACAACUAAGACAAGCACACAAAAGCCAUCCUCCGUAAAGCCGAGCGGACCGAGCUCCACAACAGCUAAGCCAAGUAGCCAAAAACCUUCAACUACUAAGCCAACCACCGGAAGGACUUCAACAGCUAAGCCAAGCUCGCAAAAGCCUUCGACUCCGAAGUCAACUACCGGAAGGACCUCAACAACUAAGACAAGCACCCAAAGGCCAUCCUCCGUAAAGCCGAGCGGACCGAGCUCCACAACAGCUAAGCCAAGUAGCCAAAAACCUUCAACUACUAAGCCAACCACCGAAAGGACUUCAACAGCCAGGCCAAGCACCCAAAAACCUUCGACGGCUAAGCCAACGACCGAAAACAUCUCAACAACUAAGACAAGCACCCAAAGGCCAUCCUCCGUAAAGCCGAGCGGACCGAGCUCCACAACAGCUAAGCCAAGUAGCCAAAAACCUUCAACUACUAAGCCAACCACCGAAAGGACUUCAACAGCCAGGCCAAGCACCCAAAAACCUUCGACGGCUAAGCCAACGACCGAAAACAUCUCAACAACUAAGACAAGCACCCAAAGGCCAUCCUCCGUAAAGCCGAGCGGACCGAGCUCCACAACAGCUAAGCCAAGUAGCCAAAAACCUUCAACUACUAAGCCAACCACCGGAAGGACCUCAACAACGAAGACAAGCACCCAAAAGCCAUCCUCCGUAAAGCCGAGCAGACCGAGCUCCACAACAGCUAAGCCAAGUAGCCAAAAACCUUCAACUACUAAGCCAACGACCGGAAGGACUUCAACAGCUAAGCCAAGCUCGCAAAAGCCUUCGACUUCGAAGUCAACUACCGGAAGGACCUCAACAACUAAGACAAGCACCCAAAGGCCAUCCUCCGUAAAGCCGAGCGGACCGAGCUCCACAACAGCUAAGCCAAGUAGCCAAAAACCUUCAACUACUAAGCCAACCACCGAAAGGACUUCAACAGCCAGGCCAAGCACCCAAAAACCUUCGACGGCUAAGCCAACUACCGAAAACACCUCAACAACUAAGACAAGCACCCAAAAGCCAUCCUCCGUAAAGCCGAGUGGACCGAGCUCCACAACAGCUAAGCCAAGUAGCCAAAAGCCGUCAACUACUAAGCCAACCACCGAAAGGACUUCAACAGCCAGGCCAAGCACCCAAAAACCUUCGACGGCUAAGCCAACUACUGAAAACACCUCAACAACUAAGACAAGCACCCAAAAGCCAUCCUCCGUAAAGCCGAGUGGACCGAGCUCCACAACAGCUAAGCCAAGUAGCCAAAAACCUUCAACUACUAAGCCAACCACCGGAAGGACCUCAACAGCCAGGCCAAGCACCCAAAAACCUUCGACGGCUAAGCCAACUACCGAAAACACCUCAACAACUAAGACAAGCACUCAAAAGCCAUCCUCCGUAAAGCCGAGCGGACCGAGCUCCACAACAGCUAAGCCAAGUAGCCAAAAACCUUCAACUACUAAACCAACCACCGGAAGGACUUCAACAGCUAAGCCAAGCACUCAAAGGCCUUCGACGGCUAAACCAACUACCGAAAACAUCUCAACAACUAAGACAAGCACCCAAAGGCCAUCCUCCGUAAAGCCGAGUGGACCGAGCUCCACAACAGCUAAGCCAAGUAGCCAAAAACCUUCAACUACUAAGCCAACCACCGGAAGGACUUCAACAGCCAAGCCAAGCACUCAAAAGCCUUCGACUCCGAAGUCAACUACCGGAAGGACUUCAACAACUAAGACAAGCACCCAAAAGCCAUCCUCCGUAAAGCCGAGCGGACCGAGCUCCACAACAGCUAAGCCAAGUAGCCAAAAACCUUCAACUACUAAGCCAACCACCGGAAGGACUUCAACAGCCAAGCCAAGCACUCAAAAGCCUUCGACUCCGAAGUCAACUACCGGAAGGACUUCAACAACUAAGACAAGCACCCAAAAGCCAUCCUCCGAAAAGCCAAGCUCGUCGAGCACCACAACAGCUAAGCCAAGUAGCCAAAAUCCUUCGACUACUAAGCCAACUAUCAGAAGCACCUCAACAGCUAAGCCAAGCACUCGAAAGACGUCGACUAGAAAGCCAUCUAUGUCUAGUACCUCCACUGCUAAACCCAGUACUCAGAUCCCAUCGACGUUUAAACCAAGCAAGCCAAGCAUUAGAACAUCAACCACAGUGAAGCCUUCUGAACCAAGCACACCAAGGACAAAGCCGACUAGGGCAAGCACUUCAACAGCUAAGACAAGUACACAAGAGUUUUCCACUGUAAAACCGACUGUCCGAAGGUCUACAACAACCAGAUCGAGCACUAAGAAGCCAGGCACCUCGAAGCCAACUGUUCGAAGCACAACAACUAAUCAAUUUACUUCUCCAAGCACAACAGAAUCAUUACCACCUUUCAAUAUAUUUUAGGUGAGAUUACUGAAAAGCGUUCAUGGAUGAGAUGUGUUGUACCCUGCUCGUCAGAUUCUAUCACCGACAUCAUCAAAACUGUCUGCUUCCAGUAAAAUUGAAUUUAAAUAAUGCCAAUAUCAUUGUAAUGUAAUUUUUUGACAGCGUGUCUGCUCUGUAUACUAUUAAAUUUGCCUGAAAAUAUGAAUAUUUUUUUACAUAAUUACAUGUUAUUGACUGUUUAUAAAUACA